GUGGCUGAGCAUCGCGCCCAAACGCGGAACACGGCGCGCGCGCAGCCCACGAGCCGUCGGCCUAGUUUUCAAAAGGGGCGGCGUCACGCGCGGAGGCCCCGGCUGUCCGUCCUCGCGACUGAAUCCUUCGAACGUUAAACUCACAAGUCUUGCAAGAAUUUCAGAGGCAUUGGCGAGUGUGCGCGCGCGCAGCCAACGCUUUUUAACGUCAGGUGUUGUUCAGGUUUUAGAAUGUGUUCAAUCCCAGGGCUCCCAACGCCAGGAUCGGAAGUCCCUGUUCUCCUUAGACGGGUAAACCUAAACCCCGAAUUUGGUUUUGUGGAACUCUGGGUACACAUUGAUGAUGGAAUGAUGCAUAUUUAUGAGCAGCUGAGACACGAAAUUCAAAUUCAAAACCCCGAAAGGAAGUUGAAUGGAUCAGAGGGAAAACCGGGGGACUUCUGUCUGGUUUGCAUCAGUGACACCUGGCACAGAGCUCGGAUUGUGUCCAUUCACAGUGAAACGUACAAUGUGUUUCUAAUCGACCAGGGACAGUCCCAUACUGCCACUAGUGAGACUCUAGCCUGUGGCAACACUGACUUUUUCCUCCUUCCUCCAGAAGUUGAAUCCUGUAUACUUGCAAACGUCCUCUCCCCUGUCUGGUCUGAAAAAGCCACAAAGUCUCAGUUAAAGCUUUCCUCUUUUUUAAAGUCUCUGCCAGGCAAGAAGUUCAAGGGAGUGGUUCAGCAUGUGUUGAUGCCACAUAGGACCAUUGUCCUUGAUAUACCAGUACUUUCCAAAGUCAUGUGUAAGUAUGGAGUUUCAAAAAACAUCCCAGGUGAUGAUUUCAAAAGCUUUGUGUUGAAAUAUCUCAGUUCACUCAAGGAAGCUGCUCCCGAUGGCCGUCAUAUAAUGCAUCAACAGAAUGAUGGUUUCCAGCUUCAGAAGCGUGAGCAAUACUUUCACCCAGAGCUGUUAACUGGCAUCUCUGAAACCGUUACAGUAACUGAGAUCAUUGACCCGAAUAAUAUUUUUUGCACGCUUAACAUUUUUGCCAAAGCACUGCAGUCUUUGUCCGAACACAUCCACCAACAUUAUGAAACGCGUUCGGACCCCGAAGACUCGCCGCCUCUGACCUGCGGGGACCCGUGUGCUGCUAAAGGGGGAAACGGCAGAUGGCGUCGGUCAUCGUUAAAGUCGACCACGGCCAUUAGUGAUGCUGUAGAGGUCUUGCAUGUGGAUGUAGGGAUGACUGAGAUGGUCCCAGUUAGAGACAUUAGACCUCUGCAUGGGGAAUUCAUACGGAUGCCAGUCGUCACAUACCUUUGUUCCCUCGAUGGAGUAAAAGACGACAGGACAGGAUGGGCCACAGAUCAGACCAAUCGUCUGAAGUCACUGCUCCUCAACCAGACCGUCGUGGCCAGGUUUAAUCACUACAAUGCAUCUCAGGACCUAUAUUACGUGACUCUCUUUGAUGCAAAUGGUGCGUGCAUGACUGAUGGCUUCAUGGAGGAAAAAGAACCCCUUGCACCCGAUGUGAGCCAACAAGGUUCAAAUGUUCAGAAGGCACCUUCAAGUGCACUAGUCGGACCUGUGAGUUCAGAAAUAGAUGACAAUUUACAAGAGGAACUGUUGCUAAGCACUAAAAACCCAGGACUCAAAGGUGAAAUGGAUGUAUCUAUGUCUGGUUCUAAUGGUUCACAUAUAAACGAGAGCUCAGAACAUUCACAUGCUCUCUCGUGUAAUGAUGGACACCCUUCAGCAGGUUUCCCCAACAAUUACUCCACAAACAACAUGGAGGUGGGCGACAGAGAAAAAGUCAUGGUGACCUUUGCAGAGACUGUUCAUCACUUCUACGGCCAAUUAGAGAGGAAUUCUCACUUGCUUAACGAAGUGGUGGAAAAUGUUUCUCAACUUAUUUCCCAGCCCCCAAGCACGGAUCACCCACUUGGACUUGGUAGUGUUUGCUUUGCUAGGUACAGUGAUGGUCAGUGGUACAGAGGCCAAAUAGUAGAAGUGUGCCCCAGACUUAAAGUCCACUUGGUGGACUAUGGUGAUACGAUUGUAGCGAAUGAAUCUGAUCUUCGACCAUUUCCCCCUGAACCAUGUGUUGCCAGGUCUGUUCCCGUACUGGCUGUUCCACUUGGCCUGUUUGAUGUCCCAGUAGAUGUACCACAGGAAGUUAAUCAGUGGUUCGCAUGUCGUGCCACUGACCAUAGUUUGACCCUUUCAGUGGUCGCAAAAGAUACACAAGGAAAACUAAUUGUUGAGUUGUUUGAUACAUCCGUGAACGUAAAUGCAAAAGUCAGAGAGAGGAUCCUAAAGAUGACGCCAACACAAAUAAAUGGUCUCAACCAGCAAUCUGAUCGCCGGCUCUCAGAAAGCUCAGAGCAGGGCUGUGUGCCAAAUGAGGACCUGACAGCGCAAGAGCUCAAAACCGUAGAAGUGUUAACAAAGAGCACAGAACUAAACAAGCUGUGUGACACGGAAGACUUACAGACGAGUCCACAGGUAGUCCCUGAAGCAGAAGUUGAAAAUGAAGACUGUGCUGGAGAUGGAGAAACUUCGGAUGCUGUUCUCGGGGAUAAACGAAACUCGAGUGAGGAGGUAUAUGCUUCCUCGAUUGCUGGACCACAUUACUUUUGGUGUCAGUUUGCCAACACUGAAGAACACCUGAACACACUAUCAAGGCUUGCUCAGGAAGCAGGGAAGGCCCCGAACGACGCGGCCUUUCCCAGAACUCUGGGUUCUGGAUGUCUAUGUCUCGCUCUGUUUUCUGAAGACCACCAGUGGUACAGAGGCCAAGUGACUCAAAAAGAUGGCAACACUCUGCACGUUCUGUUUGUUGACUAUGGAAACGAAGCGGACGUUGGCGUGGAGGACGUGAGGCCACUACCCCAGGCUCUGCUGGAGUUGGCACCUCAGGCCUUUUUAUGCUCUUUGCAUGGAUUUGACGAGACCAAAGGCUCCUGGAGCGAUGAAGCUUACGAUGACUUCUACAGUCUUCUGGUUGAUAAGACUCUCAGAGUGACAGUGGUGAACACAAAAGACUAUUCAGAGUUUGCAGUUCCUCAGUAUGUGGUGCAAAUUGAAAGUGAAAAUGUGGUUGUAAAUGAUGCCAUGCAGAAAUACUGGAUAGCAGCUGAGCCUGGGCAGGUUGGGACCGCAAGCCCUGAAAGGAAAAGCUCACUGCAGCCUAGUCACACCGAGGUCGACACAACCAUCCAUAAUGUCUCUGAAGGAAAUUGUGAUAUCAUCAAGUACCAGAAACCAGAAAUCUCAACCAAUCAGACCGAGACUGUGAGCGCCUCCUGCAUUGCAGAACCUAGUUUCUUCUGGUGUCAAUAUACCAACACGGAUGUUCUCAGUAAAGUGUUGCUACUUGCUCAGGAAGCAGGAAAGGCCCCGAAGGACUCGGCCUUUCUCGAAACUUUGGGUCCCGGAUGUCCAUGUCUCGCUCUGUUUUCUGAAGACCACCAGUGGCACAGGGUCCAAGUGACUCAGAAAGACGGCGACACUCUGCACGUUCUGUUUGUUGACUACGGAAACGAAGCGGACAUUGAUGUGGAGAACGUGAGGCCACUGCCCCAAAGUCUGCUGGAGUUGGCACCUCAGGCCUUUUUGUGCUCUUUACAUGGAUUUGACGAGACCAAAGGCUCCUGGAGCGACAAAGCUUACGAUGACUUCUACAGUCUUCUGGUUGGUAAAACUCUCAGAGUGACAGUGAUAAACAUGAAAGACUAUUCAGAGUUUGCGGUUCCUCAGUUCUCAGUGGAAAUCGACUGUGAAGGAGUGGUUGUAAAUACAUUGAUGGAGAAAUACUGGAAAGAGCUGGACAUGCACUGAGAUUCAGCAGAAACCUCCCAAUCAGUGCUGGACUUGGAUAAAAGCCUGUCGAAGACCAAGUUGUGACUCAGUCUUGACUAUUGUGAAUUUACAAAACUAGAAAAAUGUUUGGUUUUUUAAAUCUAAAUAUACUGUAUGAAAUGUAUGAAAUAAAGCAUGGAAUGUC